AUGCUUAACCCGGCGAUCCGUUCCUAUACACUUUUGACUUGUGACUCAAAUGUCCAUUGUACCGGUCCACCUGAUUUGACUGACCUUGAAAGAGAUCAACCGACGGGCGGAACUUACCUUGGCUCGGGUCCUGCGCACGAGGCCGCACUCGCUGUCCCUGCUGUUAUGUCUGCAGAUAUCAUUAAGUCGGAAGAUGUACCCUACCCUAUUCCACGGAGUCAACGAAACAACGAUGGACGGAUUACUUCUGUGAUACUACUUGGCGCUUCGUUUUUUUUAUUCUCUGCCCUUUUGAUUUUUAUGCUCCUGAGAUUGCCGUCCUUACCGAUUGAUCAGCAAGCUGCCUUGAGGUUUCCAAAGAAUGUUGAAGACUUGAAAACCUUGGGAUCGACGUUAUCGGAGUACCAAGAUAGUUAUUAUUGGGAAAUACUGAUCUUCAUAAGCGUCACAUACAUUUUUUUGCAAUCUUUCAUGAUCCCCGGCUCGGUGCUGAUCAGUAUUUUACUCGGCUACCUGUUUCCAUUCCCGAUUGCGUUGGCAAUCGUGGCACUGUGCUCUGCUGUCGGUGCCACCUGCUGCUAUUUGUUAGUGGGAUUUAUCGGUUCGCAGCUACUUCUCCAUUUGAUCCCAAAACAAAUCGAACAAUGCCGAUUGCUUGUAAGUCCUAGCCACCAUAUCUUACCACUUCAGAUUCAACGCCAUCGACAUGCCAUGUUCUUUUGUAUUUGCUUGCUUCGAAUUUGUCCGUUGGUGCCCAAUUGGCUGGUCAACGUAUCUUCACCAAUUGUGGAAAUACCUCUUUUGCACUUCUUCUGGGGUACAUUUGUUGGUGUCGUCCCACUGUCCUUGGUUUUUGUCAAGGCUGGUACCGUUUUGCAAGAACUCACUGACUUCGGCAUGACUUCGCUUACCUCAAUGUACACACUUGGUUUCUUGGCGAUCGCAUCUCUUUUGCCAUUUCUGUUCCAAAAACAAAUCAGACAAUGGAUCAGUUGAUGAUGACGGUAAUCUUGCGAACGGUACCUGAACGCAUAUUUUACAUCAUUGUGAUAGUUGUACCUUAUUCCUGGUUCAUUCAGUCAUUUCCGUUUCUCUAUACGUCACCAACAAACAUUUUAAUCCGAUCUUCCGCUCUUUUCUGACCUUGUGAAUUUCACGGCUUUAUCAUAUCUUUCUAAAUCACAACCUGCCACCUGGGUCACAUCACACUUGUUCGUCAGCAAUGAUCUCCCUCACACACACACACUUGUUUUUAUUUUCUGUACAUUUAAGCUCCCCUAACAUCAACGUGUAUUUUCGUUUACGAAGUUCAGUGACACGGCACGCACAUUUCGGAGCCGCACACAUUCCUUCAGGAUAGGGUAUUGUCUCGAGCUUUUCUUCUUUGGAACCAUUGUACUGGUAUCUCACCUAUUUUCACUUAAUUCCAGGUUGCAUUUGUUCGUAUGUCUCAGUCUUUACUUGCUCUUCCGUCGGGAAAACCUUGCUAUACAUCAAAACCAAUAGCUGCUCUGGUUAAUUAAAUAUGAUGGG